CCUACAUUCUCUCAACUCCUACUUCAACGAUCCAGAAAUAUCCAAAACUCCGCUUCAAGCCAUCAACUCUGUGUGCCCUAUCCAAAGGGCAAGAUGUCGUUCGCAGCCAAGAGUACUCGCCCCCGCGAUGGUAAGAAGGAAACAUCAGUGCGGAGUUCUGCUGACAACAGCUCUACCAAUGCCCCAAGCCAGCCGAAACGAGGGGUUGCAGACCAACCCGCAACGGCACCCAACACUCUCAACCCAUCCAAACCUUCAUUGAGCAAAUACUUCUACGACUUACCUGCUCGCCUCAACGAUUUAGAGGGACGGGACGCUACACGGGCAGGAUGGUCAUCCACGAUUGACAGCGUCAUGAACGAGAUUAUACGAAGCCGAAAAGAGCAGAGCCUGGAUAUAAAGUCGUACAACCCAGCUCAUGAAACCAGCUCAAACGCCGCCGUUGAGAUCAUAAAAUGGCUCGCGUAUCCCAACAACUGCAAACUCCGCAGAGAGGAAAACAAAAACAGAUAUGUGGAGGCGGACGUUAGGGCGAACCAGGAUGAAUACUGCGAGUGGGAGGUGGAGAGACAAAAUGGGCACCUCAAGAGUGUCACUUUCACUACUGAAGUCCCUGAGUAUUACACUUACCUUGCCAAGGCUGACCCAACUGGUGCCCUUCUCCUACGCCAGUACAAGCGCCUGAACCCAGAUGUAGCAGAUUCGAUCAAGCUUGAAGACCUCGUCGAUGCAAGAGGCGCCUACAAUAUCAAAAAUCGUUGGAAUACGAGAGGUACCGACGAGAAUUUAGGCUUGGAAGGUCGUAUCGCACAUCUGAUUCGAGAGAACAACAACCUUCAGGAAGCGGCCGAAUUGGUGGUUGACUCCACCGUCGUCCGCAGAGACGCAAAAGGAGAGUUCGUCGCUGGCGGCCGAUCGCUACUCCUUGCUAUGGUUCCCAAGGUCUCCGACAACAGCCCAAACCGGAACUCAGAUCCAAAUAUUGCAGCCUUCAUUAAUCAAUUCUCAAGGGAUGGUAAAUUGGUGACUGUGUCCAACCCAGUCGGCCUCUACAUCGAUUCCUUCGAGGACAGCGACUUCAAGACUGUGGACGGCGACAGCGUAUCGAGCUUUUGGAAUGUAGAGAGAAAGAGCCAAGACGGCCGAUAUGUGGUGCGGGCCAAGUUCACAGUGCCAACUGGCCUCCUUGGCAAAAUCUUGCACGCUCAUACGAAACAACGGUUGAAGCACGGCAGCCAGCUGGCAGAGAGUAUCUGGAUCGCCGCAUAUGUCACGAUAGCUGACUCAACAAUCCAUUCGGAAACUCCUUGUCCAGCGGCCGCCUCUCACCCAAUCUACUCCUUCAUUGAGGGAAGACAGAUCAAGCCUACAGAGGUCCCACGAGCUACCAUUAACAAUGAGCUCCGUCUUGAGCUUUUUGGAGCCUACUUGGCAUCGACCGAGAAGCCUGCCAUCAUUCUGAGGGACCUAAUUGCCACGUUUGAGGACUACACAUGGGCGGCGUUUGCAGCGGACGAGGGAAUCGGCUUCUACAGUGAGGUCGUACGAGUACGUAUGGUGCUCAUUUGGAUCCCUGGCUCCUCCGCGAAGCCUCGCUCUGGCAACACAUCUUCCAAGAUGGGAGACGCCCAGCUCCUCAAGCGGGAUGCCUUCGUUCGUCCCACGGUAAUGGUCGUGGCGCUCCCUCCGUUUGAUAACAAGACCAAUAUCCAUUCGGAGAACAGUAUCUUGCAGGUGGCCAGCUAUGACCCGCGCCUUGGUUGGUUCAACUUCUACGACAAAACUGGAGAUCGUCGUUGGCUAUACUUUGGGAACUCCAAUGACGCCUUCGCCCCCGAUACCCAUGGCCUCGGCCCAUUCUGCGGCCACCCGAACGGGGCCCUGGCGAUGAAGGAGAUUGUUGAGCCGUGGCCGCACUGGCACUCCACGCGAGCGCAGCUAGACCUAAAGCACGAUCACCCGCUCAGCCGGGAUCCGCUCUUCAGAGACCCAAACACUGGAUCGUGGUACUUCAGAUUCGUGGAUCAGCUGGCUCAUAUGGUCACUGCGGGAACCAAGAAGAUGGCCUUAAUAGGUUUCAAAAACGACGUUUUCUUGACUUUGGGCCACGGGCAGAUCCUUCUCCGACAGCAAAGCGCAUUCACCAGUGGAUCUCACAUGCUUGCAUGAACACAACCAUAGAGAUCACGUCCUCGUCUAGCAAAAUCCCUUCCAAUCCAAAUACGCCGGGGACGUUCGAUAUUCCCCUUGGCUUCUUCUUCAACUCUCAAGCCCUGGGGCUCGUGCUUGAUGGAGUAGGGGACUUGCAUCAAUUCCAUCUCCUGGGCCAAGUAUAAGGAUGCGUCAUCCAA